CCCUGCAAAGUCUAGUUCAGAACUGUGGUCUCCCGGCUGACCUCCGUGUUGACUGAGAAGAGGAGGCAGUUGCUGGAACAAGGAAAUGUUCCGAUCGUCUAGUUCCGGCUCUAGCAAUGGCUACCACUACGACGGAGAUGGCAGCAGCCUCGCUGCAGGCCGCCGUGGGAGAAGAAGGCUCAGCCGCGGCAGAGUACGCACCCAUGGAAAUGGCAAUGUCGAGAGUGGGGCUAGGGUUUCUCAUUCGCAACACCAGCAGCAAGAUGAAGAAGAAAGGCCUACCCCUCCUUGUACUGAAUUCGACAAGGCCUACUUUCACUCCUAUGCUCAUGUUGGAAUUCAUGAGGAGAUGAUAAAGGACCGCGCUCGUACAGAUGGUUAUAGGAAUGCUAUUUUUCAGCACCAGAAUCACAUUGCUGGAAAAGUUGUGGUUGAUGUUGGAUGUGGCACAGGUAUUCUCUCAAUAUUUUGCGCUCAAGCUGGUGCUAGACGGGUAUAUGCAGUAGAUGCCAGUGAUAUAGCAGUUCAGGCAAAUGAGGUUGUGAAAGCCAAUAACUUAUCUGACACAAUCAUCGUGCUUCAUGGACGGAUUGAGGAUGUUGAGAUAGAUGAAGAGGUUGAUGUUAUAGUUUCAGAGUGGAUGGGAUACAUGCUUCUUUAUGAGAGCAUGCUGGGCAGUGUCAUAACCGCUAGAGACAGAUGGCUGAAACCAGGUGGUCUUAUUCUUCCAUCGAGCGCAACGUUAUAUAUGGCACCAGUAACAAAUCCAGAUAGAUAUAGUGCAAGCAUAGACUUUUGGCGCAAUGUGUACGGGAUAGACAUGUCUGCUAUAAUGCCAUUAGCAAAGCAAUGUGCAUUUGAAGAGCCGUCUGUGGAAACAAUAAAUGGUGAAAAUGUCUUGACAUGGCCCCACGUGGUAAAGCAUUUAGACUGCUAUACUGUGACUAUACAUGAGUUAGAACAUGUUAAAACGAGUUUCAGAUUUCAGUCAAUGAUGCGAGCACCAUUUCAUGGGUUUGCUUUCUGGUUUGAUGUGGAAUUCAGUGGUCCUGCAAUGUUUCCAUCUAAUAUUGAUACACUUUCAUUCAUCGAGCAUUCAAAUGGUAACAACAUUGAUGGAAAACAGAGAAAGAAGCGUGCGAAUCCCAGUGAUUCCCUCGUGCUGUCUACAGCACCGGAGGACACUCCAACACAUUGGCAACAGACAUUGAUAUACUUCUAUGAUCCAAUCGACGUGGAGCAAGAUCAAGUUAUUGAAGGUUCUUUAGAAUUGUCACAAAGCAAAGAAAAUGCUAGGUUCAUGAACAUUCAUUUGAAGUAUUCAGCCGGCGGGCGUUCCUUUGUUAAAGAAUCGGUGAUGCGAUAAAUGCCAAAACAUGGUUUUCUACCGGUAUUUCUGUGAUAUUGAUUUUCAUCUGAUCAGAUUGAUGUGUUUUAUACAGUGCUCGGGGUCGUUCAUAUGUAAGAGUCUUUUUGUUUAUUUUUUUAAAACUAAACUUCUUUGGGAGAAAAGAGUAGAAAUAAUAAAUAUUAUUUGUAUUAGUUUCCUUAUAUAUUAGUGAUUAAUAGUUUCAAAUUGAGUCUGAUUCUGCUGUACCACAGAGAGCAGUGAUUGUAUCAGUAUUCUAGUGUUUAAGUUGAGCUCUGAGUGAAUAUAUUGUACUCCUUUAG